GCCACCUAACACCAUCAUCAGCUAGCUUGAAUGUAUCUGGUUUAUUGAUGUUAUUGCAAGUCAAUAUUUAGUCACAUGACCUGCCAUGUGCUGCACAAACACCAAGGCCAGCCCCAGAGUGGAAGACACAUGCAGCCAUGUUGUUCUGCCACCUUACUUAUUCUAGGAACUAGAGUGUCACUGCUGACUACCAGAUCCUAGACACCCAACCUAGAAGAAUUUACUCCUACCUUCAGACAUAACAAGUAAAGUUUCUGAAGAAAUUAAUUUUCCAAGCUACUGAAGAUACUGCUUGUGUAUAAAAGAGAAAUGGACAGAAGUAAAAGAUAGAAUGGCCACAUCAGAGAAGCCUCCAGACUUUAAUGACCUUCUUGCUGCCUUUGAUAUUCAGGACCUUGGUGGAACACCUAAUGGAAUCACAGACACAAAGAAUACUAUUGAAAAAAUAGAUGACUCACCCAAAAGGAAAAUGAAAGAAGAUACAGCAGGACAACCAUAUGAACCCAACUCCAGUGACAAAAUUAGCCCUGUUGUAGUCCCACAAAACACAGAAGUCGUCAAUGAGACCCAAAAGAAAAUUGAGACUGAUUCAAUUAACAAACAAAAAGAAGAUUUACCGAAUGAAAGCUAUGCCAGAAACCUUUCUGAAAAAAGCCAAGUCAGGUCUGGUGAUACUGACAACCUUGAAAAUGUUGAAAAUCUAUCAAAUGAUGCCUCAAUCUUUCAGACAGACAGCUUUGAAAAGUUAAUAAAAGAUAGAGUCUCAGUUGGAACCAUGAUUACUCCAGAUCGAGAAGUACCAUCAAGCAUUGAGUCUACAGAUCAUGCUAAUGUGAAACAGGAAAAAGAAGAUAAAAACUGCAACAGCUAUGCAAGUUCUAAACAAGACAGUUUGUGCAGUGCUGCUAGUACUCAUUCUAGACCUGGUAGCUCAAAUAGUAGUAUGAUGUCUGACAGAUUUACACCCAGUGAGAAUAUUAUGCUCAGUUCACCUCACAGUGCUCUUUCUUCUCCAGGCGCUCAUGUUAAGACUGAACCUAUGGAAGUUGAAGAGAUGCCAAGUCAGAAAGCAUGUGAUGAAAUCCGUGCCAGCUAUAAUAUUAAUGCAAGCCACCCUACAUAUGCACAAGGAAAUAAUGCCUUUUCCUCAAGCACUAAAAGUAGUCGCAAAAGUAACAAUGUACAUCGUGUCACAGAGGUAGUUGAUUAUAAUAGCACUGUGAAAAGUAUUGGUGCUGUGACAUCAGAGAGAGGCACAUUGCCCUGUGAAAAAAAUACAGCAGAAACAACUGAUAUUAUCCCUGCUGCCAGUCAACCCCCACAUACUCCCAUACGUGAACAGCAGGUCAGCUCAACAAGAAAAGAAGAACAGGUCAGCUCAACAAGAAAAGAAGAAAUGACUUCUCAUGAUGUAAAUGUAAAUAGAACACUUAAUGAGUUAAAGUGGCUUACCCAGGGCAAGACCCACCAGAAAAAAGUUACACAGUCUAAUAACCAGAACCAAUACACAGCAGGAGUUAGGCCCCAGACAACAGCUGGCUGGAGGAAAAGAAGAGCUAAAGUUGGACAUCCGGGUGCUGACAUGCACCCCAGAAUGCGUUCCCCAUCAAGGCCUGUUGUAGUUAAACAAACUGGUUUCAUUCCACAAGGGCAGCUUACUUCUACUAAUCAGCCACAACAAAGCCAAAAUGGUGGAGCUCAGCCUCUUUAUUUCAAUCCAUCCUCAAAUGUAGUUCCAUCAGUAUUGAGGAUGACAAGACAGCUGCCUGUGAAUACUUCUACCACUGUAACUACAAACCACUCACAUUAUCACACCCAACAUAUGAGGUCAGCACAACCAUCACAGUUCAGUAACCCAGCACCUGCUAUGAUGUUGAUACAGAGGGCACCUGCUCCAGCAGUUGCACAAACAGCUCCUCUUGGACCACUGUUAAUGCCAUCUAGUGGUGAUGUGAUUGCAAUUCCAGUUUCAAAAUCAGCACAAACUAUGGCAAAUGGUAUCAGUUCUGCCAUUUCCAUACCUACCACACAAACUAUUGUGAAAACUGUGUCUGUAGAUACUGCAACAAACCCCCUGGGGCCCAAAAAUCCUAUUCCAUGCUAUGUUCCACAGCCACCACCAGAAAAAUUCAAAAUGAAUAUUCCACCAGGGGGGUACAAGUGUUUAGAAUGUGGAGAUGCUUUCAACUUGGAAUCAAGUCUUGAUUAUCAUAAUCAGAGAAGAAGUAUGAUAAUAUCAUUUCUGUGUGAUGCAUGUAACAAGGCAUUGAUAUUUUACAACAAGUGUGCUUUGUUGGGUCAUGUGCGUUCACAUGCAGAGAAAGGUGUAGUUGUAAAAACUUUCAAAGCUGUAGUGACUCCUCUGCCAAAGGAACUUAUGCCUCAGCUCAAUGGCACUCUUAAUAUUACUGUGAAAAACAUUGAGCAGAAGUGCAAUGCAAAAGAAGUUGUGCAAAAUUCUGAAAAAGACACAUUAAAUGCUCCCACAGAAAUUGCAAUUAAAGUGGCAAAGAACACUGAGAAAUUCACAACAGUGACACCUAAAUCUCCAAGUUCUGUGAAUAUCAAAUGUUCAGAGUGUAACAUACGUGUUUCAUCAAAAAUUGCUCUUAAAAACCAUUUUCGAAGCAGUGCCAUUCAGUGUGCUCAAAGAUAUGAAUGCUGGGUGUGUCAAAAAUGCCUUCCAUCCAACUGUAGUCUGGUUGCCCAUCGUAGGAUUCAUUCGCGCCACAAACCUUUCACCUGCCCAGAGUGUGGAAUUAUCUUCAAGAGUGAUUGGGAACUGUUCAACCAACAUCUUCAGGAGAAAUGCCUACAUUUUUCAAGAAUUACAAAAUAUGCAUGCACAAGUUGUCCUGCAUCAUACGAUGAUAUUCAAUAUCUAAGACAACACAUCAUGUUCACUCAUGGUGAGUCUUACUACAAGUGCCAGUCUUGUCCUAUGGCAUUCAAGUCUGAGGCAAGUUUCAAUGGCCACAAACAAAGUACGCAUCUUGACGACAACAGUGUCACUGCAAGAGUGAUCUACAAGUGCCCUAGAUGUGACACUGUGUUUCAUGGUCAAGAACAACUGAAUGCCCAUCUAACUAUGCACUUGAAGGAUUCUAAACAAGGGGUCCAGUUCCAGUUCAAGUGCUCAAAAUGUAAUAAAAUUUAUGAUGAUAAACCAUCCCUUGCAGCUCACAUGAAAGAGCAACACCAGUUCAAGUACAGUGACUUGACAUGUGCUUUCUGUUAUCAUGAUUUGUUUAAAGAUGCAAAGCAUCUUAGAUUGCAUGUGCAAACCUACCACAAUGUAAAGACAUCUACAAUAAAGAAAUCUCCCAUUUCUACCCCUAGCACUAUAAGAACUCCUGUCUCAGUUCAUAAGACGGAAGAGGAGGAGGAGGGAGAUGAUGAUGAUCCUACCAAAGUACGAUGUUUUGUCUGUAACAUUUGGAUCAGGUCACAGAAACACUUUGGAUCCCAUGCUAAAAACCACAGAAAACGUGGCCAGUUUUUGUGUCAACGUUGUAAUAAUGUGGUUUACAAAAGUAGAGAUGAACUGGUGACUCACAAAAGAAGCUGCACAGGCUCUAUUUUAAUAGAACUAGAUGAAAAGAACUCUAUGAGGCAUGAGUGCAGCUACUGUGAUGAGAAAUUCAAACAGAAAGAGGUACUUUACAAACAUCUGAAACAGGUCCACAGCAUGAUUCAGCAGUUCCCUUGUCAACUCUGUAGUCUUACUUAUAAAUCCAAUCAUAGUCUGAAGCGCCAUAUUCAAAUUAUCCAUGAGGGCAAAAGGAAGACAUUUUCUUGUUGGCUCUGUCAGGAGAAGGGAGUACAUACCACAUUUGCAAAACGAACAUUCUUGGAGAAGCAUUUGGUUCAGAAGCACAGGGUUCCUAAAAAUGAAGUUGACUUUUCCAAAUUGCCCAAUAUUGACUCUGGUAGACAACUGGAGAAAAGUGGUAUUGAUGAGGGCGGUGCAUGUAUGUCAGAUGAAACCUCUAAAAGGAAAGCAGACAGGGAAGUUGAUCAGCCAAUCAAACAUCUCAAAGUACAGGGGGACACUACCUAUACUUGUGCAAAAUGUGAUUUUUCUAGUGACAGUGAGGAGGCAUUCAAGGCCCACAUUCAGGAACACAGACCAGACAAGUCCAUCCAGUGUCCAGAAUGUGGGAUGUGUUUUGUUGUAGUGCCAUCUUUGCGCAAACACCUCUUCAUAGUACAUAAGAUUCGAUCAGUGGACAAAUACCUGGCAGAGAAAAAGAUAAGUGAGAUUGAGUUAGAACAGGAAGAAGAGACCUCCCCUACAGGGAAAGAGGCUUACAAACAAACCGGAGACUCCUUUGAAUGCACAGUCUGUUACAGGACAUUUGAAUGUGAAGUCACCAUGAGAAAACACAUGAGAACUCAUGGAGUGGCAUUUAUCAGGUCGAAAAGACUUACAACAGGAGACUUGCCUUGAAAGCCCUCAGAGAUUAUUUCAGUCCUUCGUUGUGUAUGCACAUGGUUAUAAAAAGAUUCACAUUAGUCCUAAGAGACAUGUCUCUUGCACAAUAUACAUAAGGGACAUUGAGAAAGGGCCUGAAAUAGAUUGAUUGGAUGAUGUAUUUAGCAAAGUAACUAUUUGCCAUUGCAAUGACCCUGUAUGGUUGUUAAAUGGAACAAAUAUCUCAUUAAUGAUGGGACCCAGUGCUUCAAUUUAAACUGUGAUUUAUUGUGGACAGAAAAAGAUUUUUGCACAAACUGAAUUGUUAUUAUUAUUAUUAUUUAUUUUAUUUAUUAAUUUAUUUUAUUUUAUAUUUAUUUAUUUAUUUAUUUGUUUAUUUAUUUAUUUAUUUAUUUAUUUAUUUAUUUUGCAGACAAGUAUAGUCUGGCAAAUGAUUCAAAUUUAUUGCUUUUACAGCAGUUAUAGUAUGGCAUUAUUUGAGUAUUUUUUUAAAAAGUUAUUUGGGCCUUAUUCAACAUAUUUUAUUGGCCUGUAUUUUUAAUUUGGUUAGACCGAUCUAAACUUGGUCCUAGGUAAUCAUGCUAAAUUGAAAAUUAUGUUGAUAUCUGCCAAGUAACUCACCUAUGCAUUCAGUUAUAUAAAUAUAUACUACAGUAAAAGCAUGUUCAAACAUUACAACAUUGACGUUGUAUGUCAUGAAUAACCAAUAUCCUGUGUUUAAACAAGGCUCAAUUGAGGGAAAGAGCCGUCAUGUAUGUACACAUGAAUUGCUGAAUAUUUCGUGUGGUAGCAUUUGUAAUUUUUGUAAAUAAAUGAAAAAAUUCAAUCUGCUUAUUUAUAAGUA